AUGGCACUUCAAUUAAAGUUCAAAAGUUUAAAAAACACUUCUAUAAAAAAUUAUAAAUAUAAAUUCGUUGAGAAUAAAAGGGUUUUCCAUCUUUUGAAAAUCAAAACAAUACUAAUGAAUAUGUGUGCACUUGAAUGUGAUUGCCUCUUAUGUAAAAUGCAAGAAGUCAUACAACACAAUCGGUACAUCCCUUGGAUCACUCUUUCAAGGAUAUUUUACUUAUCUUUAAUGCAUAAAUAUCCUUCACAAGAAUAUUUCUCAGUCAAGACUGAUGUUCCCCAAUUGAUUGAAUCACAUUGGACUAUCAUUUCGAAGUUAUCCCAAUUCUCUGAAGACAAAUGGAGAAAGAGUUUAUUAGAUGCUAUUAACCACUCGAGGUUCUUUAUUAGUGGCAAAGAACAUUUCCACGUCUCUGGCUUCUGGAAGUUAAAAGACACUUCCAUUCCUUUCAUUGAGAAUUAUGUGAAUGAUGAAGAGAUCCCAAAGACGGAAGACUCAAAUGAAUCGUCACAAGUUAUAUGUGCUUCACCAUCAAUGUCUUCUCUGAAUAAUUUAAAUAAUUCAUCGGACCAAAUAAGAGAAUAUUAUAUUAAUAUUAUCAACCAAGCAAAAAUGAAUAUCAGUGCGUUAGUGCAAUUCUAUCCAAACGCCGAUAUUAACAUGAAAAUGCAAAUCCAAUCUGAAGUCAAAAUUAAUGAAGAAACUAUUCAAAGAGCAUCGUUCACUCUUUUUAAUUUGACUGAUCAAAAUAGCCAAUUCUACUCAAGUGCAUGUUUUAUGGUCAGAACUGUGUUCUAA